GUCGCAGUUUCGUUUAUUUCAACAUUCAAUGAACGAAGUUUAAUCGAUCCGCCUGCUUGUGUUUUUUUAUUUGAAAAAAAUUGUCCGAUAUUUGAAAUGUAUUAAUUUGACGUUCUUUAGUACUGAUACAUAAUAAGAUCAAAAUGUGGGGAAGUUUUAAAUCAUAUUUUGGCCAAUACAAUCAAAGUGAAAAAGUUAGAACAAAUGAAAUAGAUGAAACUGAAGGCUGGGUGUUCGUUGAUAUCACAGGGAAAGAAGUUGGUAAGGACUUAAUUGAAACUAGUAGUCCAAAACUCAACUGUGAAUCAAGACUGAGUCCUCUACCAUUGCUGGAUAUCAGCAAUACGAGCAGUUCACAGAGCUCCCCACAAUUGAGCCCGACAAAAAUUGAGGAAGGUUGGUUUGUUGCACCCCCACCUUGUUUCACCUUGAACUGUCAUAGCAUAAUAGAAAUUUCUCCUUUGGAAGAUUUGCUAAUAGAACACCCGAGUAUGAGUGUUUACAGCCAAAUUCCAGAGUUCUCAUAUGAUGAUGACGAGAAGAGUGAUAAUAGCAAUGAAGUAACUAGUCAAUCAGAAACUGAAAUCAAAGCUGAACCACGCACAAAUGAAGUUGGGAGGGAUGUCUUGAUGAAUCUCUCUGCCAAAACAACUUCUAAAGAUACUGCAAUAAGCACUAAAUCACUUGAUCUCAAAGAUCUCAUCAAUCAGAAUGAAAAUAUAAAACCAGCCCAACAAGCUAAAUGGGUGAGUGAGCAGUACAAACUCUGUCCAUCAUACAUCAAUCGUCAAAAUAGAGUUCAUCGCUAUCAGUCCAGGAAACAUCACAAUCAAAAGAAGAAAAGCAUUGCCAAACCUUUUGCUGAAAAAGGGAGGCAUAGUUUCUGAUAAUUGUUUACAAUAUAAGUUUCCUUUGUUAAUGUAUUUUAAGUGGUUUUAUGUAGGUAAUUGUUGUUUUUGACCAGAAAGCAAUAUUAUGAUGUAUAUUUAUAUGUAUGUAAGCUGCUGGUAAUGUUUGUACAAUUUUUAUGUAACAAUCAUGUAGCUUUUACAAUCAUUACAGCUAUGUCACAGCCAUAAUUUUAAUUAUUUGUACAGAUAUUUAUUUUGUUUUAAGCAUGUCUUGAAUUUUAUUUAAAAUCUGUGAUCUUAAUUCUAGUAUUCUGUUUUGUCUAAUUAAAGUAAUGGGUCCACUAUUAUAUUUAUGUUGAUGUAUGUUUUGCAUUUAUCAGUUGUUUAAUUUUUCAGUAUAUUUUAAUUUCCACAUUUGUUGCAAUUUUUAAAUUUUAAUCAUAGUACAAAUGUUUGAUUUUUCAAUUUAAGCAAGAUUUAACUGCAUUUACAGUUUUAUCAAUGCAAAAUUCUGCAUUUAAACUCCAAUGUGAAGCUUAGUCAAUUUAUACGAGUAUGUUGUGUAAAAUACACUUUUAAUUUGUUCAGUUGUCAAACAUUAUGAAUAUUGUAAUCUAUGUGUAAAUUAGAAAUGUAAAGUUGUCAGUAAUAAUCUUUUGGAUGACUUUUUCAUCAAGCAGAAUAUUUGAAAAUAUUCCCCAAAAGCUUAGUUGCAGCAAUAACACGACACUGCACAUUUUAGAUGUGAAUAAAUAGCUAUAUAAAGUAAAAAAUAUACUUCUUGUUAUCAAAUGAGCAUAAGCUUAAGUGUAUUACAUUAUUAAAAAAUGUUAUUUUUAAAAUUUUGCGGCCACCAAACGUUGUUAUUCAAAAAAUCAAAAUUAAUAUUCUUUGUUCAAGAAAAUUAUUUGUGAAAACAUACUGGAGGGCCGAAUAAUGUUUUCAGAAACAAAUUAAAAAAUUUAAGUACAAGAGCUGGGGCUUCCAUGUCUUUUGUUUAUGAUAUAACUGCUUUCAGCACUUGUAGGUCAUAGUCCAAGAAGGAUGUUGUUGACUGACAUACAUGUCUCUCAGACUCCUUUUGAACACAAAUAAAAAUUAACCGAGUCUCAUAACGCCAUGAAACGGCUGGCCUGUUCAUAAUGCUAAAUUUCACUUAAACAGUAGUUAAAACCUCUUCAUAAACUUUCUAUUUAAAUAUACUGAAAAGUCCAUGUUUCUGUUGAUAAUUACAGUUGAAUUCUUUUUACAAAUUGCAUUGAAAGUUUAAUUACUUCAUUACAUUUUAUGAAGUCUUAAAUAACAAUGGCAGUACAAACAUCAACAUUGCCUUGAGUAAAGAACAAGAUAAUUUCAUUUUAAAACUUACAUUCCUCUCCUUCCCACACACACAUUUUUAAAAAAUCAUCAUUUUAUCAAUUGUAUUGUUUAUUAUUAUUAUUUUGAAUUUCAAUCAUAUGUGUUUAUGCUCAGUGUUCAAAACUAUCACAUUUUGAUAUAUUGUCGCCUCAGAGCAACAGUAAGAUACAAAGGCGCCCAUAUGGGGGGGGCAAGGGGGGCUUAAGCCCCCUCCCCUCCUUUGAAAUUAUAACUUCCUUGCUUUUAGCACUUUUUUCUCUGCAAAAAUUUAAAAACAUUUUUUCUUCAGCAAUUAAUGAAUAAGUUAUUAAAAAUGUCAAAUUUUAAUAACUCUAAUCUGUACUGAAAUCAGUUUCUAUGGGGAAAAUAUGAGCCCCCCCCCUUUAAAAUUUUGAAUAUGGGCGCCCUAGGUAAGAUAUCUAAUCCCAGAAGUAACACUAAGAUGUCUUAUUGUUGCUCUGAAGCAACAAUAUAUCCAAUAUUUACAAUCAGCACAAACAUAAGUCUUCAAAAUAGUAAAUGCAUCCUUUAAUCACUCUUUAUUUUCUUUUAUAUUCUUAAUAUGAUAUGUAUACUUAAAAUUAAGGUUUCUUUUGUUAUUUAUAUCUAAUAUUUCAUUUAUCAUUUUUAUUAAUUUUAAUAGAGUUAGUACAGCAUUAGCUAUUUUAAUAAUUUUUCUUCUUUAGCUACUUAUACAGUUAAUGAUUCAGAAAUAAAAAUAUGCAUUAGUUGGUAUACAGUCACAAGACAUUUUCUGGCCAGCGUUUUAUGUUUAACUAGGCACUUUUAAUAAAAUUAAAAUUGAAUUAAAAUUGUGACAUUACUAAUAAUUUAAUAAAUAUAAAAUAAAAGUUUAAUAUUAUAUUACUUUGCUAUGUUAAUGAUGUAUUAAUACAUCAUAACAAUAUAGUACAUAAAUUUUUGGUUAUUUUUAAUAAUGAAUCAACAAUUACUAUGAUUAAUGUUACUUUUAUAUUGAAAAUACCAUAGUUGAAAAAUUAAAUAUCAAAAUAUGAAAAAUAUCAUGAUUUUUUCAGAAUAAAUAUUGGAUAUAUAUCAUGGUAUAGAUAUCGGCAAACCCUGAUUGUGCUUAUCAUAAUUUUUAAAUUAGGUUGAAGGAAAACCUAUCUUUCACAUUUAUCGUGAAAUAGAAUCAUAUUUUCAAGCAAGCACCUUUUCCAUUUUAAUGUUCAUGUAACUAAAGAGUAUAUUUUAUCUGUACCAUUUAUUUUUUAAGCACACAAACUUUCAUAAAAAGAUGCUUGUUCUGCUUGGUAAUUCUUUGAAACACUAUGCAUGUAUCUCAUAAUUUAUUUAACAAAAUCAGAAAUUAAAAAGCACUAAUUAUUAAUGCAAUGCACUGUUUUUAUGUUAUUAACAACUUUUGUUUUUAUACAAAUGUGAUAAAAAUUCAGAACAUUAUUUUUAGGCGUUCUCAUGAUAAUGCAAUUUUUUGUAAUAACUAUUUAUUGUAUAUUGUCAUUUUAAAUAGCGUAUAAAAAAAACUUUGGUAUUUAUAUGUGUGUAACUUCAUCCGGUUAUAUAUUGUUGAUUGUAGAUGUGAGUAAAUGUGGAGUGUGAUGUAGAAGUUAUUUAUUUGAUGUAUUUUAUCUCAGCACAAAAUAGCUAUGUAAUUUAAGUUUGUUAGAAAUGUGAGUGUUAUUUAAACUGGUAUGUAAUGAAUGCAUUUGUGAGUUGUUAAGUGUGAAUGAAUGUAUGAUAUUUUAUUCUUUGGAUAGAUGUGGAUGAGAAAAUAUUCCAACAAUUUAUCUUGUUUUAAGUACUGAUAAAGUGCCUUUUACAAGAAAAUAGUGUAGAAAUCAUGAACAAUCAUAGGACACAUCGUAAGGAGCAUUCCAUACUUUUUAUCCUAUUAUAAGAUUUAAAAGCAACAAAAGAUGCUUGAUUUUCCAAAUCAGUAAGCAUCCUACAAAUAUUGCGUAUAAAGAGCUUUCAAAGAAAGCUCUCAAUGUAUCCCAUACAUGAAUUGUACAUUCUUAGUAUUCAAUAAAAUAUUAAAAAUGUG